AUGUCACUGAAGAAAAUCCUCAAGCUCGACUACUACCGGGCGGCAAGAGCGACAACCUCUGCAGCAAUCAGAGAAACAUCAGUCCACAAAGGUGAACGUACUUAUAGUAAAUCUGUCAAGGACUGGUUUCCUUUUUACCGUGAAGCAGUAUUUUUAAACAUUGUAACAUUUGAUUGUCGUUAUUGUGACGACCAACACACUACGUACUCAUCUGCCUGGAGUAAGGCUUAUUCUUCUGACUUUGUACAGUCCCGCAUUUUAAAUAUUAACGAGAAGUUUGGACUUGUUGUUAGCAAGUUUGGGUUACAACCUGUCAUACAAGUAUUAAGCGUAAUUGGAAAUUCAGAUCCACGGGAAGUAUCUCCCAAGUUUGUCGGUGAAACUCUUGGACUUUCAGUCACCCUAUGUGAAUUAGUGUUAAAGCUCCAACUUCAAAGUAGCUCUUCUAAGCCAGAAGUCGCCACCGCCACCGCCACUUCAACAAGCUCUUCUACGACGACGAUUCUUUCGCCAGUCACUGCCUCUGCUGCUUGUGCUAGUGCUGGUUCUAGUUCUUCAAGUACAACAAGUGCAACUACAAUUAGUACUGCAAACGUCCUCAGUCAUGUCAGUACGGAUAUCACAUUGUUUACUCCGCCAAGUUUGAAGUGUUUGAAGUGUUUUUCCAAACUUAUCAAAGAGCAUCAGCCAGUGAAAGUGAGGUACUUCACUUUGAAAGGACUUAAACAUUGCCAAAAGCUGAACCUAAGAUGUCGAUCUUGUGAUAUAACAUACAAGUAUGACAUGUUUGGGAGCAUACAAACAUUUUGGACUUACUAUGAUGAGCCUAGAAUUGCCGUGAAAGCGAAUGAUUGUGUUUUUGUUGAAUGUCAACUUUUUGAAUUGCAGUGCAAUUUAGCGAGACACUCGCCACGCCUAGCAGCGAAAGCAAAGUCAAACAAACGACCACCCAUCCGAAGGGCCUUUUCGCCAAAACGCCUGGCUAGUGGCAGUAAACCUGCUCGUUCGUCACUAUCGAAAAGGAAGCGCACGGUAUUCAAAAAGGCACAUGAACUGUGGCAGAUAACAGGAGCUGAGGUCCUUGUAGUUGUGAAGGUGAAAAGGAGAAAUGCUUCCAGCAAAACUUUCUACGGUGGUUCCAAGGAACUCGUGGAGGAAUUCGAAACCAUGGGAGUUGCCCGCUGCAAUUACUCCUGUGAGCUGUACAGAAAGUUUGAGGAGGGAGAGCACACCAGCAGUGACGAUGAGGACAAGCUGGUGCUGGGGCCACUUUCACAUAGUGUACCAAACUACAUGAGGAGCUCACUGCCAAGAGCACUUCAAGUGAGAUCCCCUGACUCCAACAACCGAGCUAGCAUUUCACGUCCUGUCUCAGCCCAAGAUGAGCGACAAGUUUCAUCCACUCCAAAGCCCCCAAAUAACAACAAUAAAGUAAACAAAGCUCCAUCUUCCCGUGUGCAGCACUUCCAACACGUAUGUACAUCUGUCCCUUCAUCCACUUCCAGUGCCAAGCCAAGCCAUCCCUCCAAGCAGAAACAAAAGGUCAAGAGCACUGGUCAAAGCCUAACCUCAGGAAUGCACAACCGAGCUAGCAUUUCACGUCCUGUCUCAGCCCAAGAUGAGCAACAAGUUUCGCCCACUCCAAAACCCCCAAAUAAUAACAAUAAAGUAAACAAAGCAUCAUCUUCCUCUUCCCGUGCAGCACUUCCAACACGUACAUCUGUCCCUUCAUCCACUGCCAGUGCCAAGCCAAGCCAUCCCUCCAAGCAGAAACAAAAUUGCGCAAAAUUGAAAAAAGGCCUGGGCACGGAAUGGCUUUUUAGUUGAUGUUUAUGUUUGGUUUGAAAUGCUUUACUGUGCAAUCUCGAGCACUUUCAAUAGGUUUAUUUAAUUAUCUUAAACCUAAAACAAAAUAUAUUUAAAAAAAAAGUUUUUUUGAAAAUAGUGUGGGCCAAAAGGGAAGCUGGUGGAGACACUUACUUAACAGGAGAAUGUUAAGUGUUUGCAAACAAUGGGGGCUUUUGGUGGGGCCUUGACAGUGUAUGUUACAUACUUAUAGUGUACCAACAGUUUUUACAAUAAGAAGGUGUAGCUUUCUAAUGCACAAAUUCCUAGGUGAUCGACUUCAAAAGUUUACUAAAGAGCUUAAUGAAAUACUUAAACAUAGUGAAAUGUUCAACUGUGUUUCAUUUUCCAUUAACAAAUAUAUAAAUUAACCUGUUAAGGUUCAAUUUCCCUUAGAAAAGAUGCAUUCUCCAUACUACUAUGUUUUAUUUAUUUUCAUCCCGAAAUAAAUUUCCAUUCUGAAUGGUUAGUUUUCUUGCAAUACAAAACUAUUUACUUCUAAAAAAUAUUGGCCCAAGUUUUGUUUACUUAUUACUUUUUACUGUUUUUAAUUAACAGUUUCAUUACUAUUGGCGGCCUGACAAUUUCCGCAGGGUAGGCUGGCUCCUGCCUCACAAUCAGCAUUUGUAACGCACAAGCCAGGAGAUGGUCUACUCACAAA